AUGAUGACCAUGUCGGAAUCGCUUAUGCGUUUGCAAUUUCUUUCGCUAAUCUUACUAUAUUGUGUCUCCCCUUCAAGCUUCUUCACAUUCAAUACACAUGAUGUUGUGGUUGGUCUUGGUCCUUGUCGUCCCCGCCAGAUUCAAGCCUUUGAGCAAUUCAAGAACGAGUUCGAUACUCGUGGUUGCAAACGUAGUGACUACUUGAAUGGAGUGUGGUGCGACAACUCGACCGGUGCGGUCACAAAGCUACAGCUCAAGGCCUGUCUGAGUGGAACUCUGAAGCCCAACAGUAGCCUCUUCGGGUUCCAUCAACUCCGUCACCUUGAACUCAGUAACAACAACUUCGCCUCCUCUUCACUCCCUUCCAGUCUCGGUGAUCUCAACAGGUUAGAGGUCUUGAUUCUUUCCUCUAACGGCUUUCGUGGACAAGUUCCUUCCUCAAUUAGUAACCUAAGUCUACUUUCCGUUUUAAACCUUUCCCAGAACGAGCUCAUUGGCAGUUUCCCACUUAUAAGAAAUCUUACCAAGCUCUCAGCUUUAGAACUUUCCAAAAAUCAUCUCACUGGAACCGUUCCUCCUUCUCUCCUCACUAUGCCUUCUCUGUUUUAUCUUAAUUUGAAAGACAACCAUCUAACGGGUCAUCUUGAAGUUCCAAACUCUUCUACUUCAUCUACACUCCUGUUCUUGAACCUUGGUUAUAACCACUUUGAAGGACAAAUCCUUGAGCCUAUCUCCAAGUUUAUCAACCUCGAGCGUCUCGACCUUUCUUUCCUAAACAUCAGCUACCCAAUUGACUUAAGAAUCUUCUCCUCUCUCAAAUCUUUGGUAGACCUUUAUGUUCCUGGUAAUAGUUUAUUGGUUACUAGUCUAGGUACAGGUUCCGACAUCCCACCCAACUUGGAAACCUUGGAAUUAAGGCAGUGCGGCAUCACCGAGUUCCCAAACAUCUUAAAGACACUUAACAACUUGCGGGUUAUAACCCUGUCCUCAAAUAGAAUCAAAGGGAAAGAUCUGCACAAGUUUUAG